AUGGCUAGUGUGGCUUCAUCGUUAUCGAGUCAUUCACUACAACCAGCAACGGAUAGUAUUUAUGCAGUUUUGCGCAAUGUGGAGUUUAUAAAUUCUGAACGAAACGCAGAUCAUUCUAAUCCUUCUACUGUUUGGUCAACGCCGGUGAAAGAAAAAUCAUCUCCAUCAAUUCCAUAUGCAUCACCAGUGAUGUUCGGUGGAUCUCCAUCAACCUCGUACCGGUCGCUGUCGAUACCGUAUGCAUCUCCUCUCUACCACGAACUAUUACAAACGCCAACAUCGGAUCGAUCAAUACUUGGAAUGAAUGUUGAAGGUACUCAACCAAUAAUAUUUCCAGCCUGCUUACCUACUCCAAAUCCAUCGUCCUCUAAUUUCAAAUCGAGAUUUCGUGCUGAUGUAGUACUACUAGCUGAAGCACAGAACACUCACAUUCACACUAAUACAUGUUACAAAUACAGUGAUCUUAUCUAUAACGGCAAACGAGUUUGUCUAAUGCGUUUGCCACGCAAAUUAGUGCCAAAGUCGAUAAUCGAUCCCGAGACUGGGGACAUACGUAUGUGA